AUGGAGGACAGCCAAGACAUCAAGGACGACGUGCCAUCAAUGGUAAGAAGAACCUCUGUCAUCCUGUCGGACGAAAAUGAGAGGCUGGAGGGUGAAUGGCUCGAGCACGAGACCCAGUUCAUAUACAACACGGGGAUGGCUGCCUACAAGGACAAAGCCAAGGUGUGGAAGGCCUUUGAUGACAAGGGCAAGUCGCUUAGGCCACCAGUGACUGGCAACGAGCUCCGGACGUGGUUCAUGUCCCUCAGGAUCCGCUUCGGAUGCCUCACUGCCGAGAAGAGUGGCCAAGGGGCGAGCAGACAACUGACGGACCGGGAGAAGUGGAUAUUGAACAUAUUCCACUUCCUCAAUCCCCACAUCGUCUAUCGGAAGACACCCAAGAUGUUUGGACUACCAAUGGCUGGCCCUUUUGUACCCUAUGGCCCCACAACGGUGGACGUGGUACAGACGUGA